CUAGCUAGAGAUACUAAAACAUCAUGUAGUGUAAAGAAUGGGUGGGUUCUGUGCUGCUAUUGGAUGCACAAACAGUUCAGCAAAAGCAAAGAAAGUAAAACACAUAACGUUUCAUUCAUUCCCAAUUAAACGCCCUGAGGUACUAAAACAGUGGUAUUUACAGCUUAAGAGGAAGGAUUUUGUUGCCACUGUACACAGUGUUCUUUGCUCUGAACAUUUUUGCCAAGAGGAUUUUGAUUUUCAACCAUUUACAAACAGACGUCAGCUUAAGAAAACAGCUAUACCAACACGUUUUGAUUUUAGUGGCACAACAAAAGGAACAAAAAAAGUUUCUGAUACUGAUAUUGAAAUGAAUAAGAAAUCACACUGUAAGAAAAAACCAUCUACGAAUGAUGAGCGUCCAUUAUCGAUAAAGCAAGAAUACUUUGAUGAUGAUGAUGAUGAGAAUACAAGAUCUCCAAUUUAUGAUAGAAACUGCUACAACAGUCAUGAUGAUAAUGAGUGCACAAACAGUAUUGCUCUAUCAGAACAUCUAUACCCUGUCAGCCUCUUUAAGGUAAAGCCUCAAGAAUUAAGUGGCCCACAAGGCAUCAGUAUUGAAUUGGUUGGCUGUAAUUUGGCUAAAGAAAAAUUGAUUAAUUUGGACCACAACUAUGUUACAAGGCCCCCAUCUCUGAUGGAAGAUGAUCAAGACACUACUGAAGAAACAGAUUCACUAAACAGCCUUGAUAUGAAUAUAAAGGAGGAGCCUGAUGAUAACAUGGAAAUUAAAACUGAAGUUGAUGAUGUUGGACCAGAUAAAGAGAAUAUUAAGCAACAGCCAAGUUUAAGUGAAACUAGGAUUAAAAUUGAAGUUGAUGAUGAUGAACCAGUUAGAGAAAGUGAGAGCCAGGAGCCAAGUUUUGAUGAAGCUAGAAUUAAAAUUGAAGUUGAUGAUGAUGAACCAGUUGAAAAAAGUGUGAGCCAGGAGCCAAGUUUAAAUGAUGCUAGGAUUAAAAUUGAAGUUGAUGAUGAUGAUCCAGUUAGAGAAAGUGAGAGCCAGGAGCCAAGUUUUGAUGAAGCUAGGAUUAAAACUGAGGUCCAUGAUAAUGAACCAGUUGAAAAAAAUGUGAGCCAGGAGCCAAGUUUAAAUGAAGCUAGCAUUUUAUUAACACCCAAGGACCUUGUAGCUUACUUAGAGAAGUACAAAGAAAUUCAUGGCCCCGAUAUUAAAUACGGCCAUAUAGCCUGGUUACUGAUUUCAAACCAAAACAAACCGGCCGCAGUAUCAAGAGUUUUAUGUGCUGAACUCCAGAAGUGUGGAGGCAAUGUUAAAUUCUUCAGAGACAUAUUGCCCUGUAAGAUAUUGAAGAUUAAAGACAAGUUUAAUUAUUUAAAAAAGAAUCUUACAAAAUAUAAAUUGGAGCUUCUACUUUUUUUAGAACAGACAUUUGUUUUACCGCAAAAGAGUGAAAAAAAACCCGCAGACAAUCCUUCAGACAAUGUUUCUUUGUCAGCAAUAAGUGAUGCCCCCUUACCACAAGCUGCUGAUAAGGGCACAUUAGCCAACCCUGUUGAGAACUCCUCAACAUCAGCCGGGAAUGAAAACAGUUCAAUCCCCGCUGAAUGCCAGAAAUGUUUGUCAGCCAAAAGAACCUAUGAAAGUCUCAUGCAAACUUACCAAACCAGGCAGAAAGCUUUGAUAGAAGCGAAAAGAGAAUGUUUCCACACAAGGAUCAAGCACAAAUACUCUCAAGUUAAAAAGAAAGUAAAAAGCAUGAAAGAUAGAUUGUAUAAGAAAAAUGCGCAAAUCACUAGUCUAAGAAAAACCUGUAAAUCUAAUAAGAAAUUAUUGCUUGAUCUUGCAACUGACAAGGGUCAGAUAUUCAAAAGUAUUCGUUAUUACAAAAGAGCUUUACAAGAAGAAUUUGGAGUUAGUGAUGAUAUGUUUGUUCAUACUAAGCCUGCUAGGAAAAAAAUAAAUGCCUCUAAAAAAGUUCAAAAGGUGCCUAAAUCAAGCAAAAGAUAGUGUUGGAAUCAAGUUUAAUUUGUUUAAAAUUUGUGUUUUAGGAACAGAAUUUUUAAAAUUUUUUUUUCAUUUAGCCUGUAAGCCUAUACACAUUUUUUAAAUCAAAAUUAUUGUAAUUUGUAAACAAAUGUAAUAGGCAGAAAUUUUAAAAAAUUAAUUUGAAGUUCCCAAAAUAGGCCUGUUUCUUUCUUUUCAUUUUGUCCAUUGUCAUAACUGACUUGUAUAUACAAUAAGUAGAUGAAUGUAUGUCACCCAUCAUCUUAUCUUCUGCCUUAUGAUUAUGAUAAUAAAUGAUAUAAU